AUGGACCGAAUAGAGGCGACGCCAGCUGAGAAGGCAGUCGUACCCCAAGCCAAGCCCUGCACGUUGGCGGUCAAGUUGAUCGUACCCCCACCACGGCCAUCGUCGUCGUCGUCGUCGUCGUCGUCGUCGUCGUCGGUCGCACCACCGGCCUCGACUACGGCCGCCGUCGCUCGCGUCGUCGCACCUCCGACUGCUCGUGUACGCCCACCCAAGCGACCAAGGGAACGAGAGUCGGUCAGUCACAACAUCCUCUCUCAUUGCGCAAGCACACUCGGCUCAUCAGGCUCCCUCUUCUCCUCCAGCACGGCCACACGUGGACCACCACCACCGUCUCCUCAUCCAACCUGACCCCGUCCACCUCGACGCCGCCCUCGACCACGCGCGUAGCGACCGAACCCCGUCAGAUCGAACUCGUCAUCUUCUCCGGCUACGAGAUCAAGACCGAGUACGCCUCCCCUUACCCCUUGGAAGAACGCGUGCCCCUACCCAACACCACCUCAACUCAACGCACUUCCGCCGUCGUCCGGACUCAGAGUCGAUUGAACCCACGCCGUAGCUCACCGUCUUCGCCGGUGACUCGGGUCAACGCCCCUUUGAGUGCACAACGCUCCGAAACUCUGACCGAAGCAGCGUUGGCGCAACGGAGGAACCAGGUCCCGAGAUCACCUUCCCCUGAAUUGGGCUUGCCCACAACGACGACGAACCCGAGUGCAUCGAUCGAGGCCGAAGAACCAACAAGGCAAGACACACCCCAUUUCGACGACACCCCCGCGAUCCCGCUUUCACCAUCGGAAAGUUCUGACGCGUCGGCGGACGAAAUCGUCGCCGCGCUCGUUGUCGCGAGUCCGUCGUUUCCACAAUCGAGUACCGCGUCCGAACAAGGCUCGGAGAUUGUCAAGACUGAGGAAACCAGAGAGGUGGUCGAUGAGGAAGCGCGCCAGGGGGUGGUCAUACAGUCGGCUGAACCAGCAAUGACGGCAGCCGUAGAGGAUACCACACCUACUCCAGCCUCACCAGCAGCAGCAACAGUAGAGAAAAAGUCGGCGGCAACUGUAGCUCCUCCGACCCCCGAACUCCCCAAACGCGGUCAAGCAGGUCGUUUCCUGUCCAAGCCUUUCCACGAAACCGUUCGAGGCCGUCGUCAACUGGCUCGUCUCGCCGCUGGCUCUGUCGGUUCAGGUCACGUCUCGGACCCUAACGACUCUUCAUCACGUGCUCCAAGUCGAGGAACGAGGGAUCGUUCCGUAACGUCUACGAAUGGAGCCGGUACGGGCCGGAACUCGAGAUUGGCGACCAAGAUGGAGACGCUCGCUGAACCGAUCAAGAGGAUGUGGGUCUGUGAAGGAUGCUUCAAGUACGUGUUUGAAGCGACGGCGUUGGUGAAGCAUUUGGUAAAUUCAUCUCUUUGGGGUGGGAUGGUCAGGAUCGGAUGGAGGUUUGAUACAAGUUUUUGUUGCUUUGGUACGUGCAGAAAGAAUGCAAGUACCAUCACCCUCCGGGGAAGAAGGUCUAUCAACGUGGGGCGCACACGAUUUGGGAAGUCGAUGGCGCGGUGGAAAAGGUUCGUCCUACGUCAUCCGUGCAGAGGUUCUAGAGUCGCCGGCAUAUUGACUCUGACUUUACGUAUGCACAUUUCAGUUAUGGUGCCAAAACCUCUGCCUCUUUGGCAAGCUCUUCAUCGAGCACAAGUACAUGUUCUUCGACGUCAGUCCCCCUCCCACAACUCAACCCAACCCAACCGACCACCCCAACCCAACCUAACCCCACCAUCACCCCUCUUCCCACAGCUUGAAGGUUUCCUCUUCUACGUCGUCACGGACGCCACACCUUCCCGAGAUUGGCCUCUCGCGUAUUUCUCCAAGGAGAAACUCUCGUACGAUGAUUACAACCUCGCUUGUAUCGUCACGUUCCCGCCCUACCGAGCGAAAGGGUGGGCCGCGUUGUUGAUCGAAUUGAGUAAGUAGUAGCCCGCUACAGACCUCCACCUUUCUUCUGGUAAUCAGCACUAAUCUCACCGACCCGCCCGACUCCUUCGGUUCAACGAAAAAAAAAAAAAAAAAAAAAAAAAAAAAAGGUUAUGAAAUCACGCGUCGGCUUCCCUCCCCCUCCGGAUUGCCCGGAACGCCCGAGCGACCACUUUCCGCUUCUGGGUUGGCGUCGUAUAGGACUUAUUGGGCGGGUACGGUCGUCAGAUAUCUGAGGGGGUGUUUUCAGAGACGGAGAGGGGUGGUAGUGGAAGUGGAGGAGAAAAAGGGAAGGGGGAGGGGGAGGGGGUUCAUAGGCGCUUUGGUGGUGGGUGACGGUAAGAUGGGUGGGCAGACGACGACGACGACGACGACGGUGGAUGGGGAAACCAAGUCCAGUAAACGUCAACGCUUGAGUUCACGAGGAGGGGACCCCUCACGCGAGAAUGGCACCGAGGCGUCCAAAGAAGGACUUGAUCAAGAAGAAGAUGAGGAGGAGGAAGAUUCGUUCCCCAAGGUUUGAUCGAUUUGGCUCAGAAGGUACAUCUGAGACCGGAGGACGUGGCGUUCGCUUUGGUCGAUUCGGGUUUGGCGCAAUGGCGAAGGGAUCCGAAUAAGGUAUCGAGCGAAGGAUUAAAGGAUGCGGAAGGGGAAGGGGCAGCGACGAUGAUGGCAACGAUCGACGCGGACCCGGACGAGGUAUUGGAGUUGUGCAUCACCGAGGAGUUGGUCGAACAGGUCGCGAGGGAGAAGAAUGUCAAACCUAGAGGGGUGCUCAGUAUGGCCUAUGUGUUGUUGUGA